CACAUUGCAAUGUUAGUUUGUGACAGCUGCUAUACCUGCGUAAAUAUUUUCUUGAUUUAGUUAAAUUGCAAGCAUUUAUGGAAGUGUUUAGUGGUUAGGAUGUCGAAACAUAUUUGUAUUUCAAUCGUUCGAUUACACUGCUAAUUUCCAACAAACAAAUCUUGUUGGCUUGAAAGCAAUUAGAGCCACAAUUCAUGACCCGGCUCCCUUCAGCAAGGCUUAAUUGUUCACUAGUUUCUUAGUUUUUGCUUGCUUUUUACGACGGGGUUAUCUUUAUUGAAAAGUCAACUCGGAAAUGAUUCAUAGAAUUUAUUGAUUCUCAAGAAAACUGAAAACCCAUUUUGUGUGUAUAUAUCGUUUCAUAUAUUGCGUUUGCAAAUGAUGUUUUAUGAUAAAGGCAGUGUUGAAAUAAUGCAGUUUCCAAAGUCAACAUGAAAUUAGGAUAACAGUUGUUCCAUUCUUGCAUGUAUUACAAUUUCGAACAUAUGCUUUAGGUGCCCUUAAAUGCAUAAAAGGCUGUUACAAGAAUGAAAAUGGCCUAAUCGAAAGCUCUGACCCUAAGGUAAAGGGAAAACCUUUGUACAUAUAAUGCUUUGAUGAUCUUGAUUGCGCUAAAUAUGGCGUUGUGAAUUUCAAAAGAUAUGAGAUUUGUACAGCUGCACGAAACUUAGUAUUAGAAACACAAGAAAGUUUACCAAAACAGUUUUCGACAUUUGUAAACAUAUUUGGAGAACUCUGAUGAUGACUUGAUAAAAAUUCACGGCUGUGGAGGUGCACCAGCAAUUGAUUACAGCAUAAUGAGGUUGCGAAAGGGCCUAAUUUACUUUUGAUUGAGCUUCCCUGAAUCGGCGGUUAGAGUACUCGCCUAUUUAAUAUUUUACGCAUGUUGAAUGACGCUGAGAAUGCGAGAUCACUGUUUACCACGCCCCUUUGCGCUGACCUGUUGCAAGCCCAGCAUGAUAGUUGUUGCAGUUGCUUUGGGAAAACAUGUUUUGAACAACAAGGGUAAAACUACAUUCAUGAGAUAAAGUCAAAUAAAAAUUUCGGGAAAUUCCUGUGUUGAAUGGAUUUUAAAAUUUUGUUUAAAAUUUAAUUAUGGAAAUAUGCUCAAACUUAGGACGAUAGGUUUAGUCCAUGCCUAGAAAGUUGGUGUUGGAAACAAUUAUGCAAAGAACGGUAAAGGAUUAUUAGCAACAUGAUUAUUGUGGCCGGGCCUUCUUCUGAAAGACCAGCUACAGUUUCCCAAGCAACAGUAAUUAGACUUUGGUCUUCAGUAACCGAACUGAAACGUUGAUUGUGGAAUUGCAAAAUUUGUACGCUGAGGUUUAGCUACUACUUGUUUUUAAAGUACAGUAAUCACCUGCUUUCCUGCAACACCUGCCUUCUCUUUCAUUUGAAUGUUAUCAGCAAAAGUUGAGGUAAAACAUUGUUUUCAACCCUUACAAAUUAAUACAUUCAAUGAUUAAUCAAAUUUUCGUUAAAAUCUCCCAUCAAUCACAAUUAGCAAAAUCCACUUUUUGGCUGUUUGCGUUUAUAGUCUCGUCCUUGUUAAAACAAUUAGCGAAUUUUAUCCUUUAACAAGUUCUUUUAGGAUAUCUAUAUCUUUAAUCAUCUCAUCCUCUAGGUUAACAGGAAAAAGUAAGGCAAGGAAACAUCGAUGGGAGUCUGGUGCAUCGCCUUAUCACGCUUUAGCAUAAAGUAGCCCUUUGCAAAACAUAGAGCUGAGAGAUGAUGUUUAAGGGGGUGUUUUUAUGAUUAAUACAUAUUGAAUUAUCAUCAGCCAUUACGACCAGGCAUAAAAAAGUGUUGUUAGAGCUCUGUUCAAUUCCUUUUACAAAAAAAACAACAGGAUGACGAUUUAUCUUUGGACAUUGGUUUAAUAAACCCGCGUGUUGCCCGAAAAAUAGGAAUACUUCUCUACCUGUUACACGAAAACUAAGAGAUGUUGAUACCGUGCAGUACAAAUUGCAUGAACGAACCCUAUCCGACGAACAGCUUCUCCUCCAAUCUCGAUCCAGUCCCCUUUGAGCGUCUCGUCAAAAAGAUGUAAUAUAUAAAGGGCUCACAGCAAGUUAAAUCUUACAAGAAUCAUAAAACAAAUUCUGUGAAGUAUUUUCAGUCGUUGAAAACUAUUAAUUUAUAGUAGCAACCUCAAAGUUUUAUUACAACUUGAGAAAACAAAUUUCAACCAAUAAGGUCGAUCUAUGAGAAAGUUUUGAUUAAUAUAAAUGAGAGGCUAACAAUAAAUCUUUAUGAAAAAGGUGUUUUGUAAGAUGAUUAGCUUCAAUUUAAAACAAAUCUAAUGAAAAUUUUAUAAUUUAGUACAACGAGUGCGCCGAAUAUACUAAGAUCUUUAAAUGUAAACAAUAACAAAUUAUGUUAUUCCGAUGUUCAUGCAAAUCUUUUAACACGGGGAUUUUUGUUUUGUGAAUAUGGAAAAGCCUCCCACAAAAUUAGCAUAAUACACGAUUUAAGUUGUCUGAGCCUUAGGCCGGCGAAUCAGAUAUUUCGCAGGAAAAACACAAGCCUGCGUCUGUCUUAUGGUUGAUUGAAUAUCUGCAAGCACUAGACACUAAAAAGCUACAACUGUCAAGGAAUGAGAUGAACUAAAUUCUUAAGUUCUACAAGCUGUUGAAUAGGUUCCGAGACAUAGCAAGAUGUGGUUUGAAUUGCAAGACAGAAAUGGAGAGACACUAAGGCUAGAGAUUCCUGAAGACGAAGAGAUGAAUUCAAAUUCGACGUCAAGAUCCGGAACUCCAAAGUCACGACGUCGUUCCAGGUCGAAUUCGGUCAGCUCAAGCCAGUCAUCCGUCAGACCAGACACAAGGGUGCAAGUAUUCGUGAGAGCGAGGCCGUCAGAGACAUCAUUUGCAACUGAACCAAGCGAAUCAGCGUCACCACUUGAAUUCCCUUCGGACAGAGAGAUAAAAUUGAUUGAUCCAAAACAAGAAACGACUUACAGAUUUGAUCACGUGUUCCCACCUUCUACAACAAACAAGGAGGUGUGCCGUGUGAUUUCAACGCCUUUAAUCGAGUCUGUUCUGCAAGGGUACAAUGGUAGUUUCAUGGUGUACGGUCAAACAGGCACUGGUAAGACAUUUACAGUGCAAGCUGAAGACGGGUUAAUUCAUACCACGAUUGCCAGCUUGUUUGAGCGCAUCCACGCGGACAAGGAUUUCGAGUUCUCUGUAAAUCUGUCGUAUCUACAAAUUUAUCAUGAAAGAAUCUACGAUCUUCUUGAUUCUGCGAAGGACACUGACUUGCACUUGAGAGAACAUCCGGAAGAAGGUAUUAUGAUUGAAGGCCUAUCUGAGUGUAUCAUAACAUCGACAAAAGAUGCCGAGUCUCUACUGGAGUACGGGCGAAGGCAGCUAUAUGUGGCCGAGACAAAGAUGGUUCGAUCGUCCAGCAGGUCACACUCUAUGUGCAUCCUUAGAGUGCAGAAAAAGAAGAGCAGAGAAGCAAUUCAGAGACAACUGUCAACAGAAACUGCGAUUGAAAUCGACCCAGAUGCUCUCAGUGUUGGAGAAUCCUUCUUAAAAGGGAAACUUUACUUAUGUGAUUUGGCUGGAUCAGAGAGACUGAAGAAAAGUGGUGUUUCAGGUGAACGAUGGAAAGAAGCAAGAUACAUCAAUACAUCCUUAUUAGAACUAGGAAAUGUUAUCCAUGCUCUCUCAACGGCUGGAACUCAUCAUGUACCUUUUCGCAACUCCACCUUGACAAGAAUUCUGAAAGAAAGUCUAGGAGGAAACAGCAGGGCUAGUUUGAUGAUAUGUGUUUCAUCUUCGAUUCGUUUUAUCAGCGAAACGAAAUGUUCCUUGAACUUUGGACAACGCGCCCUAAGGGUGACAAAAACAUCGUCUCCGAAUAUAGAGCACCUUGCACACGUCUAUAACAUUACGAAGCCGAGACACGGUAGUGGCCUGUAUCCAAAGAUUGAUUACAAAGCAUUGUCUGAGUACCUUGCAAAGAAGCUGAAAGAAUUAGAACUCGCUUAUCACAGUGAAAAACAGCACUUCAAAAAGAUGCAAGAUGAACUAAAAAAGGGGAGGAAAGGGCCGUCAAAGAUCCCAGUGCUGGCGGCAAGAAGCCGAACUCCAACACCAAGACAUGACUCAUUUCAACUGAUGGAGGAUAUUUUUCUGGCAGAAUGCGAUGAACUUGAGGAAAUUGAAAGGUACGAGCAGCUUUCUGCUGAAGCACAAGAGAAAUACAUAAUGGCUCCUGGCUUGGAAGAGGAGAGCAGGGCAGAUGCUAUAUCGAAGCAAACCAUAACAUCGCAUGGAUUUAUUGAAAAAGAUGGCACCGUCGAUAGAAAAAUUGCGGGAGGGGCAGUAGAAACAAACAAACAUGAAACACUUUAUGAUUUAGCGAGAGAGGAUAAAGAAAAGAUUAUAGAUGGUAAUUUUUUGGCAGAUAGCUACUGUCAGACUGAUGAAAAUUCCAACUACUUAGCUUCAAGUGAAGAUGCAAAUAUGCAUAAGGAAAUAGAGCUUGGAUCUAAUGAUGCAGUCAUUUCGACACGAAAUGCAAAGAAACAUGACGACAUCGUCAAAAAACAUCCAACUAGUCUAGACAAAGACAAAGAACACGUUGCAGAAAAUAAAGAGACUGGUUCCGUGACCUUUGAUAAAAAGAGAAAUUCAUGUGAAACAAAACAGACAGACGGAGCUUUGAAUUUACAGGAGGAAAUAGAUCAUGUCAACAAAGAAGUUUAUCUUGAAUUUGGUAAUAGUGAAACUCAGAUCAAUAAAUAUGCUUUGGAAACGGAUCGAAAACUAGACAGCAAAAGCGAACUUGGUCUUCAGUCUACGAAAGACGAUAAUGAGAACCAAGUUACACGUAGAAUCUCUACUCAUGAAGUUGAUUCGGUGACCGAUGGUAAAAUAACUAAUCAAGCAAAGACUGUAGCAAUAGUCACAAAUGUAGAUGGUUUAGAUAUAAAGAGAUCUACGGGAAAAGAAGAAAAUGAUAAAAGAACUAUAGAGAAUAUUAGUAUGGAAAAAAUAGACUGGAAUGAAAAACAGAUAACAAAAAUCGAUGGUGACGGGAAAUUAGAAAAGGAAACAAUUCAUUUAGAAAAAGAGCACCAUACCUUAAAUAUACAUGAUGAAAGUAGUAUUACAAAGAAAGAGGCCAGUACAAUUGAAUUCAAAAGCAAAGAUAGUAAAGUUUUGGCUGAAAAUAAAGCGGUGGAAAGAAACGAUGAACAAAUUUAUCUUUCAAAUAUGCAGCUAACUGAAAAACCCUUACUUACACAAGGAAAUAUGUCAAAGGAAGAUGAUUUGUCGUCACAUUCUGAAGAUAUCGCACCGGAGAGCUUUGGUGUAGGGGCAUCCAAGCAAGAUCUUUCAUAUAGUCAUGUUGACAGUUCAAAAUUGGGUGAUAGGGGUAUCAAAUCUGAUGCAGAUGAUCUAUUCUCGCAUACGGACCGUGUAAAAUCCAGUCUAGAAGGAAUUCUCACGGAAAAAGGAAUGCUACAACCUAACGAUAAUGGUUUAACGACGCAUACUGAUAAAUUAACCUCUCAUUCUGAAGGUCCAUCGAUGCAAAAUCAAAGUUUGGAAUCACAGAUUCAGAGCUUUUCUUCGAACGUUGAUUGCUUAAGAGCGCAUUCUGAGAGUUUACCAACAGAAAACGGGAGUGUAAAAUCACAACAAGUGUUUUUGCCAUCUCCAGGUAGAGACUUACCAUCUGAUGCUGCCUGUGACAAAAGUUCAGCACAUGAUCCUCGCAGCCUACCAAUACAGGCUUUGGGCUCAGAACUACAUUCUGGGAGUUUACCAACAGAAAACGAGAGUGUAAAAUCACAACAAGUGUUUUUGCCAUCUCCAGGUAGAGACUUACCAUCUGAUGCUGCCGGUGACAAAAGUUCAGCACAUGAUCCUCGCAGCCUACCAAUACAGGCUUUGGGGUCAGAACUACAUUCUGGGAGUUUACCAUCGAAUAAAAAUGGGUUACGACCAGACUGUGAGGGAUUACCAGCUCUUGACAAGGUUUUGAUACCGCAGACCGAGACCUUACCAUCGGGUGACCAGGGAUUACCAUCAUAUUCUCCGGAUAUACCAAAAGCAGUUAAAGUUCUACGAUCAUGUAAUGAGAAUUUACUAUCACGUGAUCAGGAUUUACCAAUGUCAGUUAAUUUUCUACAAUCCAGCCACGAGGGUUUUCCUUCAGUGGAUAACAGAAGUGCUAUAAUAACAAAAGAUACUCCAAUGGUAACAGAGCGCUUUGAUGAACGGCCUUUUCAUCCACAGGAGUCAACUAAAGAGCAGACUGGGCCUAGCCCAAGGUUAACAUCUUUAGAUGACAGCGGCUUCCAAUCCUUUGAACCGACAUCUGAAGGCAAGAAUGAGACAGAAAUUGACAAGCAGAGCCUAAAAAGAGAAAGGAGGAAUUCGGGGAGAGUUGGGGAAGAGAAAGAGAGUGGUUUGUUUGAAAAAGUUUCCCAGAAAGGUGACACUUUAGAAACACAGAAGCUGGAAAUGCCUAAAUCAAUGGAUAUUGUAGCAAGGAAUGAAGGACAAAAGGGCGACUUGGACGAAAUUGAUUCCGGAAAGGGGGGAAUAGCAAAGAAAGAGAGACGAAAGGGCGACUUGGACGAAAUUGAUUCCGGAAAGGGGGGAAUAGCAAAGAAAGAGAGACGAAACGGCGACUUGGACGAAAUUGAUUCCGGAAAAGGGGGAAUAGCGAAGAAAGAGAGACGAAAGGGCGACUUGGCCGAAAUUGAUUCCGGAAAGGGGGGAGUAGCAAAGAAAGAGAGACGAAAGGGUGACUUGGACGAACUUGAUUCUGGAAAUGGGGAACGAACGGGUGACUUGCAUGAAGUUUAUUCUGGAAAGGGGGAAUUAGCAGUUCAAGGUAGAAAUGUUAACGAGCAAACAAUUGAAACUGACUUUGCUUUGAUAAGAAAAGGAGAAGGUGAUGGAGAUGGUGCAGCUAUUCAUUCGAAUAUUGCUACUGAGACAAAAAUAUUUUCGAAAAAAGAACCAAGCGAUGAUAAAUUUGAAAUUUUACAAAGUCACAGUGAAGUUUUAGAAGGCAAGCAAAAAUCUACGGUAGAAAAGGAAAUAAACUAUGAAAAUACAACGCGGUAUGAAGUUAAGAGGAGUUAUGACUUGAAAAUAAGCGCACAGCAAGGAGAAGUUAUCGAGUUGAAAGAUGUUGUUGCUAACGAUGGAAAUGGGCCUUCCACGACAAUAGAUGAGCCUAACUCAAAGUAUUCUGACAGUCGAGUUGAUUUAAGAACGAAACAACCACAUGAAGGAAGAGGUGUAACAUCGGAGGAGGAAAAUGCACAGAAUAUAGCCUCACCCAGCACUCCAUCUUCAGGUAAAGUGGAACAGGUACCCGGUAACGAGGCAAACCAAAGAAACAAAAUUAGUAAUUACGAAGAUUUCCAUCAAAAUGCCGAAAGUAUAAGAAAGUUAGUUGACACAAGCAAGGAAACUGGCAUCCCUAUGGUAAAGGAAACCAAUAGCGGCCAGUUGGUGCAUUCGUAUACCAGUGAAAAACCCUCUAGAGAAAGGAAUAGAGACUCUGUUGAAGAGGAAGCGAGGUAUUUCAGCGACGAAGGAAUCAAAGAAGAAGAAAGCGAUUCAACAAAAACAGAAAGAAAGCCUGCUAGCAAAAGCUCAGAGCGAACGUAUAAAGUUGUGGAAAGCUCUGAUGAUCGGAAAAGGAGACAUUAUGCCGGCGGUGCUCCUGGGACAACGAAUGAGGAUGUUAGAGUUGCGCAAUCUUUAGACGAUAGCAGUGGCUCCAAUGGAGAGUAUAAAGUCUUGGACAGUUUGAUAUGCAGUGACAACAUUGAUGACGUAAAAGAAGCAUUAAUUGUCAAGAACAAUGAAGAAACAAAGUACCGACCAAUUUCCAUCGGAGAACCGAGAAUAAUAUCGCCCAAAAGGGAGCAAGCUUUAGAUUUCCUCAGUGGAGGAGAAAGUUUUGCUAGUGUUGGCAAACAAGUGGCACUACAUAGAAGGAAGGCGGACGGUGGUCAAAGCCAGCCCGGACGGGAAAGACAAAUGUCACGGGAAGAAUUAAGGCUUUCGCUUGGAGAUGCUUUAUCUCCAAGGCAGCUGUCAAUCUCUCCAACUCCAUCGUCUACAAGCAUGGAAUCUGAUUUCAGUUUAGCAUUAAAGGAAAAAGACAAACUGCAAAAAGCUUUGUCUACAGUCAAGGGUCAGUAUGAGGACAUGUUGCAGGAAUUCGACAAAAUCAUCGCAAACAACACAACAGAAAGUGGUGAUGACAAUGUGCAGAUCUCGAAAGAAAGUUACAAAGUUGCUCUUAAAUGCAAGGAGGAGUUAGAAUUGGAGAUCCGAAAAGCGAGAGAGCAAUUGGCAAUGGUGCAAGCUGUCCACGAAGAACAAUCGGAAAGCCUGUUGUGGCACGCAAGUGAUUUCGAAUACUCUGAGGAUGGCGACUCAUUCUGCGCGGAAACGACAGAUGAUGGAAUGACUUGCCCACUGGAGACAUCGACCCCCGUUCCAUACAUCGACACUAAGGUCAUUGCUACUGGGACUUCACCGGCCUACAGGGUUGAAUAUAAAAGCAAUGCAGUACAGACUGAUGAUGAAAGCGUGUCUGAUUAUAACACAGGGGAAAGGACAAUGCCGGUCCUCAAAGAAAUCGGAACGAAUACAUCACCAGAAAGUGAUGCCGAUUCAGUUUUUAGGCGUGGUCACUCGAGGACCGCAGAAACGAAUACCUUUGAAGAUGAGGAAGAAAACAGCCUCGCAAUGAGGCAGUCGGAGCUAGAAAGGCUACCAGCAACACUGCCUAGAAGACGGGGGUCUAAGAGAAGGUCGAAAGGUUUAGAAGAAUGGAAUAUCGGAGGAGCCAAAUGGUUGUCGAGGCGAAGUCUGGUGUCAAAAGAGCAGGCAAAGAAGACGGAAAAACUAACACUGCAGGCAAUUGAAAAUGCUGAACUGAAGAAAGAGUUGCUGCUUACAAAGCUGGAGAAAAUUCGUCUGGAAGCAAUGUUGUCUUGUGUCAUGAUGAGAUUAUCUCCAACCGAAGUUGAGCGUGACUUCAGGAAGAUAUCGCUGAACUCGAUAACAUCUUCAGCAUCAACUCUGCGGUCUACUUCGAGUCUAACAAACAUCGCUCAAGGAGACCAAACAAGUCCAUUUCAGCCGACAUCUCCGUUUCGAAGACUGAACCCUAGACUUGGCACAUCUAUGAUCGGUGAUGAUGCAAAAUCGUCUCAGCAAAGAGUAAGAUUUGAGGAUUCCAGAAAAACUCCCUCCUCGACAGUCAGUGCACGAUCUUCCUCUUUGUUCGGGCAUUCUUCACUCUUGACCCAGUCAUCCAUGUCACCAUCAUCGAUGGACUUUGACCUCUCCAGUUAUGUUUCAACUGAUUUCGGUUCAACACCUGUGCCAAUGGAGCGGGUAUCACCUUGUGGGCAAGAUGGAGACGAUAAAUACCAAAGCCCAUCAUCAACGAAGGGCAAAGAGAAAAAGUCAAGCAAGGACAGUGAGAUGGUUCUAGCGUAUAGUGGAAAGAACAAGUUGCUUUUGUCUGCCUGUCUCCCAUUCCGAAAAAAGAAGAAAGGUGGUAAGGAUGGAAAGAGAUCAAGUCAAGAAAGCAAAGACGAAAGUUAUGGCUCGAACUGCUAACUUACUGUCAAUGUGUUGAUUGCAUUUAAAUUUUCAAUGAAAGAAUAAGUAUAUAUUCGAUGAACAAAUUUUGUAUGAGCAUUGGCAAGUCAAUACCAAGCUUAUUCCAAACUAAAAUUGGUUAGAUAAGGUUAAUAUGAAAUGUUGGUUUCUAAUUCUAGAGACAUCUGCUUGAGUAAGUGCUUCCAAUAAGCAAAAAAACGUAGAUAGAUGAUAAAAGUUCUACAAUGAGAAACUAUUCUCUGUAACAGGGCAAAUUUCUUUAAAUCAUUUAAAACUUUAUGCAUCGAUUCAAAAAUCGUUUUCAUCAAAGAAGGAAGCAUACAUAAUUAAGUUAGACAAGCGAGUUUUCGAAGUAGCUAACAUAGGCGAUAUUCAUAGCAUUCCUGUUUUCUAUUGAAGAAAUACUUGAUAGAAUGUCAAAUGUUGAACACGAUAGAGUUCAACAAUAACUUACGAAGUAUUUCUUUGCUAGGUAAAGCAACCUAUCAAAAGACUUGUACAUUUCCGUAGAAUUAAUUUAUUGAAAGUAUUAGUGAUUUCUCCGAUGAGCUUUGAUCAAAUUUAUAGAUAAUCAUUGCUGAUGUUUUUAUACAAAACCUCUCGUCCCUUUGUAUGUUAAUGAAAUUUAUAGAAAUAAUUAAAA